GCGCCAAGGCCCAAGAUGGCCGCUCGUCCAGAGUCAAGGCCCAAGAUGGCCGCUCGUCCAGAGUCAUGGCCCAAGAUGGCCGCCAAUCCAGCGCCACAGCACAAGAUGGCUGCCAGCCCAGUGCCACAGUGCAAGAUGGCCACUCACCCAGCGCCAAUGCCCAAGUUGGCCACCAGUCCAGAACCACGGUCCAAGAUGGCCGCCCGUCCCGAGUCAUGGCCCAAGAUGGCCGUCAAUCCAGCGCCACAGCACAAGAUGGCUGCCAGCCCAGUGCCACAGCACCAGAUGGCCACCUGUCCAGAGUCAUGGCCCAAGAUGGCUGCUUGCCCAACGCCGCUGCACAGGAUGACAGUCACAGCUGACCCUCUGGAGUCGAGUCAGGUUCCAGUGGACUCUCCAGAGUCAAGUCAGGUUCCAGUGGACUCUCCAGAGUCGAGUCAGGUUCCAGUUGACCCUCCAGAGUCGAGUCAGGUUCCAGUGAACUCCCCAGAGUCGAGUCAGGUUCCAGUGAACUCCCCAGAGUCGAGUCAGGUUCCUGUUGACCCCCCAGAGUCGAGUCAGGUUCCUGUUGACCCCCCAGAGUCGAGUCAGGUGUUCGUGGACCUUCCAGAGUCAGGGCUAGUCACCGAUGACCUUCCAGAGUCAGGGCUAGCCACCGAUGACCUUCCAGGGUCAGGGCUAGUCACCGAUGACCUUCCAGGGUCAGGGCUAGUCACCGAUGACCUUCCAGGGUCAGGGCUAGUCACCGCUGACCUUCCAGGGUCAGGGCUAGUCACCGCUGACCUUCCAGGGUCAGGGCUAGUCACCGCUGACCUUCCAGGGUCAGGGCUAGUCACCGCUGACCUUCCAGAGUCAAGUCACUGGUGAUCUUCAAGGACUGAGUCAAGUCACCGGUGAUCUUCAUGAACAAAGGCAAGUCACCACUGAUGUUCAUGAACAAAGGCAAAUCACCAUUGAUCUUCAUGAGCAAAUACAAGUCACCAAUGAUCUUCAUGUACAAAUACAAGUCACCAAUGAUCUUCAUGUACAAAUGCAAGUCACCAAGAAUCUUCAUGAGCAGUGUCGGGUCAGCACCAAUCUUCUGGAGUCCAGUAUGUACACCAUGGGAUUGCCAGAGUUUCAUCCUCCCGUUGGUCCGACCACACGGUUGUGGUGGUCUUCUGCUCCGCCCUGGGGGCCUUCGGCCUCGACCACAAGGAUGUGGUGGUCUUCUGCUCUGCCCUGGGGGGCAUCCGUCUCGACCACAUGGUUGUGGUGGUCUUCUGCUCCUCCCUGGGGAGCGUCCGCCCUGACCACACGGUUGUGGUGGUCUUCUGUUCCGCCCUAGUGGGCGCCACGUGAUGUCCUUUUUCGACUUGUGUUUUGUGUUUCUUGUUUUCUGUUAUGUUUUCUGUCUGUUCCCCUCAGUGAGCCUGGCCCUCCGUCCCUCCCCCUGGACCUCCUCCGGUCCUCCUCCCUCCUGGUCUCUCUGUU